AUGAGGUUCUCCGCGCAUCGCGGUAGCUGCACGCUCUUCGCAGCUCUCGCGAUAGCCGCAUGUCUAUUGGCCACCGGCGUGCCGUCAGCUGAAGCGUACGAUCCGCUAGAUCCAACGGGCAACAUCACGAUCGUGUGGGAUGUAACGAGCUGGGCGGGCGACGGUUACAUCGCGUGGGUGAAAAUGUACAACUACCAGCACUACCGCAAGAUUGAUCCACCUGGCUGGGCGCUGACUAACUCACUCCUCCCUUUCACCUUCCCCGCUCGUGCGCUGCAGGGAGCCGUGGCGACGAAGCAAGGCGACUGCUCCAAGCUGCAGUUUCCCGGCGGCAAGAUCCCGCACAGCUGCAUGCAGUACCCGGUGGUGAUGGAUCUCAUGCCCGCGGACCCCUUAAAGCCGGAAGCGCCGGGAGUGCUGAAGAACUGUUGCAAGGCAGGCUACCUCGGCGCCAACAAGACCGACCCCGGGCACUCGCUCGCCGCAUUCAUGAUCAAUGUUGGGAAUGCCACGAGCACGGUGUGGAACUUCGUCCCUCCCGGCAAUUUCAGCCUGGGCGUUGACGGAUACAAGUGCACAGACCCCUUCCAAGUCAACUCUACCAUCUAUACCGACCCUACCACGCGCCGGGAGACCCAGGCGCAAGUGACCUUCCACAUAGUCUGCACCUACAGCUCGAUUCAGAAACGGGAUCCGCCGAAAUGCUGCGUGUCCUUAUCCUCGUUUUACAGCGACACGAUAAUACCGUGCGCGAGCUGCGCGUGCGCGUGCGGGAACUACUCGUCGAGCUCGAUUGUGUGUGUGCCGACGGGCGGCAAAGUGCCGUAUCUGAUGUCAACGCCGAGUGGGGAUGGCCUGGAGCUCAAGACUGAUAAAACGGCUGUUGAGUGCAGCCCGGAUGGAUGCCCCAUCAGCAUUCACUACCACUUCAAGCAAAAUUACGAAGGUUUUUGGAGGUCCAAAAUCACGAUCAUCAAUAGGAGCCUGUGGGACAACCACACCAACUGGAAUGUCGUUGUGGAGCAUCCGAACAUGGGCAACCUGACAGACGUGUUCAGUUGGAAGGCAGAGAACAUUCUGCCCUAUGGAGUGAACAACACGGCCAUCUUCUGGGGCAUGAAGCAGUACAACGAUGUGCUCAUGCCAGCUGGCAAGGGCGGCAAUGUGCAGUCGGAAAUGCUCUUUGCCAAGACGUCAGAGUUCACGCUUGAAGACGGAUGGGUCUUCCCUAGGGUGAGUUCUGGGGAGGCAUGUUUAUUAUGUUGGGAUUCAAGAAACCUCCUUUUUACCUUAUGA